CCCUUAGUGUGGGCGGAUCUUUAACGGGCAAAAAAAAGUUGCGUUACAACUCAAGUAGGCAAAAUAGUGGGCAUGCAAAUACACCGAGAAAAGAAUAAUGAAUCUGUUCUUUGCCGCAAGAUAACAGCACCAACGGAGGAGGAUCCCGUAUUUCAUCAACACGGGCUAAACUUUUUUUGUUAUAAAACGCCUAAUCGAUAUAUUUCGAAGACGUAUUUAUCACUUCUUCUUUGAAGUUAUCCCAAAUGAGAACCCUCUGUUAUUGCGACAUGUGUACAGAUGGAUGUAGGACUGGGGGAGCGGCUUUCAGACAUACGCUGCUGUUUUUCGAUGUUUCACCGAAGCAGAUGUUGUCCCGGUGGCUCUGCUUGCUCAGCCUGAGCCUUUUGUUCCUCUUCUGGUUAGGACUCUUCGUCACACGCGGUCCUUUACCCGCUACAAAAGGCUCAAGCCUCUGGGGCUACAGGAGGAUUAGCCCGGACCGGACAGGUCAGUUUCUGGAAACUCACUGUAACCACUGUGCCUUGGUCUCCAGCUCCGGUCAGAUGCUUGGUGCCGGCACGGGAGAUGAAAUCGACCAAACAGAAUGCGUGAUCCGUAUGAACAACGCCCCCACCAGAGGUUUCGAGGAGGACGUCGGGAGCCGCACCGACGUCCGGGUCGUGUCUCACACCUCUGUUCCCCUGCUGGUUAAAAACGAGCGGUAUUAUUUCAAACAAUCUGCAAACACGACGUACGUGAUUUGGGGCCCCGAGAAGAAUAUGAAGCAAGACGGAAAAGGAGUUACUUUCAAUGCGCUCCUGAAGCUGGCCACCAAGUAUCUGAAAGCAAACAUUUAUAUGGUGACCCGAGACAAGAUUCAGUACUGUGACAACGUGUUUCAGAAUGAAACAGGACUAAACAGGAUGAAAACGGGUGCCUUUCUCAGCACUGGAUUUUUCAGUAUGAUCCUCGCUAUGGACAUGUGUGACAGCAUCAGUGUUUAUGGAAUGAUUGAUGAUAACUACUGCAACCGAGCACAUCACAGAGUAGUUCCUUACCAUUACUACGAGCAGAAGAAGAUCAGUGAAUGCAAGAUGUACACGUUCCACCAGAACAAAAAGUUCGCAGGACACCGCUACAUCACUGAGAAGGCUAUCUAUGCCAAAUGGGCAACACGCCACAAGAUACAGUUUAAACAUCCUGCAUGGAGGCUCUGAGGAAUGGCAUCUUAUAUACUAAAUAUCCUGUCAACAGGUGAUGGUGUUACAAAAGCAGGUGGAAGUUACUGUACUCAAGCUUUAUGUUCUUGUUUCAACCAAACAGUUUUUACUUUUUAUUAUUUUUAUGUGAUGAAGGGCAUUUAACUGGCAGCGUUCAGUGUCUGUCAUUGAUUAUUUAGAUUGUGUUUACCCAUAUUUAAAUGGAUUCCAGUAAAGCCCAACAAAGCACAAAACUGAAACAGUUUAUGUCACAGUUGGCUACCAAUCAUUCAUUCAUUUCCAUCUUGUGUCUAAAUUUUAAGACCUAUUCUGCCCAUUUUUUUUAACCUGUUUAUUCUUUAGACAAAUACAACAUGUACUUUUAAAGACAUGAACCUGCAAUUGUAAAUAACAUUUCUGUACAAUGUUAGAUAGAAUAUAUUAGGUAUAAAUAUUCAAGACAUCAAUGUUACAAAUAUGCAAUUUAAAAGGCUUGAUUAUGUUCGUUGGCUUACGUCGUGUUCAUACCAAUAAAUCUGUUUCACAUUCUGCCAAAUACCAACCAGAAAAGUAACAUACAAAACAUACAAAAUGAGGUAUGUAGAGAAAAAAUAUCAAUACAGCCUCUGGGGUCUUUCAGAAUACGACUAGUGAAAAUGAAAGCUUCCAUAAACUAGCGUUUAUGUAAAAUAUUUUCUGUCUAUUGCUUGCCUUUUUUAAUAUCUCUGUGGUUAAUUUUUUUCUUACUAAAAAACAACAACAUAAAAGAAUAGAUGCUCAAACAGAUUAUUUUGUAAAGUUGGAUGCAUUGAAAGGAAUUGUCUUUUUUUGUUUGAGGUAUUUUGCUCUGAUUGUAUCUAUUUAUCUAAAUGCCUGGUUGCAGCCUGUAAAUGCAAUAGACAUGCCUGUUACUGAAGCCUUUGAUGAUGCUGGAUGACAUGUUGAAUGUGUGCAACAGAGUGGGCAAGGUUGCAAUGUUUCUGAUCGUUUUAUGAGUAAGCGAACUGUAAUGAAUGGUAGGUGUAAUUUCCCACACUUGUUGGUCUUUGAAUGCACCAUACGGGUUCCGAUAAACUGGUUCGGCUGGGGAUUUUGAAAAAUAAACAACCCCUUCUUGUUCA